UCAGCAUCGGCAGCGGCGACAACAUGGCUCUCAUUCCCUCGCAGGUGCUGCGGGUCGCAAUUCUGCUAUCCUACCUCUCUAUCCUGUGCAGCUUCAAAGCUCUUGAUAUCCCCGCUCACCAGACCUAUGGAGGCAGCUGGAAAUUCCUCACAUUCAUCAACCUGGUUAUCCAGACUGUAUUCUUUGGCAUCAGUGUUCUAACUGACCUGUCCAGCCUCCUGACCCAAGGCUCCAAUGACCAAGAACAGCAGAGACAACUGAGGAAGUUGAUUUCCCUUCGAGAUUGGCUCAUGGCUGUCCUGGCCUUUCCCGUGGGCGUGCUGGUUGUGACAAUGUUCUGGGCCCUAUACCUGUAUGAUCGAGAAUUGGUUUAUCCAAAAAUCUUGGACAGUUUUAUACCACAAUGGAUUAACCAUGGAAUGCACACCACAGUCCUUCCCUUCAUUCUGAUUGAAAUGAGGACAACUCAUCAUCAUUAUCCUAACAGAAAGACAGGCCAGGCUGCAGUUAGCUUCUUUUCCACUGGAUAUAUUCUAUGGAUUUGUUGGAUUCACCAUGUGACAGGAAUGUGGGUCUAUCCACUUCUCGAUCACCUACCCAGCUUUCCGAAAAUCAUUGCCUUUGUUACAUCGGUUGGUGCCAUCAACGUAUUGUAUGUGACGGGUGAAAUACUAAACAGUUUCAUCUGGGACAAGUCAAGAUGUACAGAAGAAAAACUCAAGAACAAAAUCGACUGAUACAAGCCAGAAGAUUUCAUUCGUGAACCAGAUGGACGGAGACAUUUAUUCUGCCUUAUCGGCAAAAUGGAUCCGAUCUUUACCCUCUCUGUGCAGCAUUAAUCGCCUGAACCCAAAUCAUCUGACUAACCAGAUCAUGCCAUCAAAACCAUUUGUUAAUUCAUAAGUAAUAGCUCCCAAUUGUCAAGAUGCAGAGGUUCAGUUUAGGCAUGCAAAGUCUCAGAAACAAUUGGUGCUGGUUGAACAAUAAUGUGAACUCAUUUCUUAUAAAAGGAUCAGUGGUGGCAUUAAGUCAAUGCAAUCAAGCAAACUAGUCCCUUAUUUUCAUUGGGUUUGUCAUACAUAUAUGUCAGCUCCUUCUCAUGCUGUUUCUCUGUCAAACCUUAUACAUUCGGGCACUUAGUAAGAAAGUCCUGUCAUGUAGCAUCUCUCUGAGUGAUCUCCAAUAUCAGAUCUUUAACCUUGGGACAAGUGCAGAGAAGUGAGAUUUGAUAAAUUUUGGCAGGAAGGACAAGGAGAGGCGAUAGGCAUCAAAAGGGCAUAGCUCUGGAGUUUAGACGUGGUGACUAUAUUUUCAAGUCAGGAUGCAGUUGUAUAGGACCCUGGUCAGACCCCACUUGGAGUACUGUGCUCAGUUCUGGUUGCCUCACUACAGGAAGGAUGUGGAAGCCAUAGAGAGGGUGCAGAAGAGAUUUACAAGGGUGUUGCCUGGAGUGGGGAGCAUGCCUUAUGAGAACAUGUUGAGUGAACUCGGCCUUUUCUCCUUGGAGCGACAGAGGAUGAGGGGGGACCUGAUAGAGGUGUAUAAGAUGAUGAGAGGCAUUGAUCGGGUAGAUAGUCAGAGGCUUUUUCUCAGGGUUGAAAUGGUGGCCACAAGAGGACACAGGUUUAAGGUGCUGGGGAGUAGGUACAGAGGCGAUGACAGGGGUAAAACUUUUACUCAGAGAGUGGUGAGAGUGUGGAACGGGUUGCUGGCAAUGGUGGUGGAGGCGGAUACGAUAGGGUCUUUUAAGAGACUUUUGGAUAGAUACAUGGAGCUGAGAAAAAUAGAGGGUUAUGGGUAAGCCUAGUAAUUUCUAAGGUAGGGACAUGUUCGGCACAGCUUUGUGGGCUGAAGGGCCUGAAUUGUGCUGUAGGUUUUCUAUGUUUCUAUGUUUCUAUGGAAAGGAACAUGCAUGGGGUGGUGAGUCUGCUGCCCUCGACCUCCUUGGUGGUAAGUGUCACAGAGUAGCCAAAGCGAGUAACUGUGGUGCAUUUUAUAGAAGGUGUACAUUGCAGCCACAGCGAGCUGGGCAUUGGAGGGAAUGAGUGUUUAGGCUGGUGGAUGGGGAGAUGAUCGGGCAGCCUGCUUUGUCCUGUACGAUGACAAGCUUCUUCAGUGUUGUUGAAGCUGCUUUCAGGCAAACGUAGAGUAUUCCAUUACACUCCUGACUUUUGCCUUAUACAUUUGGGGUGUCAGGGGCUGAUCACUCACUGUAGGUCACUCAGCUUCUGGCCUGCCUUCGUGACCACAGUAUUGAUGUGGCUGGCUUGGUUCAGUUUCUGCUCAAUGGUGAACCCCAGGGUGUUGAUAAUGGGGGAUUUGAAGAUGGUAAUGCCUUUCAAUACUAAAGGUAGCUGGUGAGAUGCAGGAAGUGGUCAUUAUCUGACACUUCUGUAGGGCAUACACUAUAACAGAUUACAGCUCCUCGUGGGUUAAUCCUGAUUCGUUUUACCUGUGAUGAGGUUGUCUGCCUCCACCCCCAUUUCACACUGUGAGUUCCAGAUCCCCACUUCAGGUGCAAAAAGUUCUUCCUCAAUGCCCGCGCAUCGAUUAACAAAUCUCUGCCCUGCAGUUACGACCUCCCUGACGAGGGAAACAGGUCCCCUCUGUUCACCUUGUCUCGGCCUUCCAUAAUUUUAUACACCUCAGUUAGUAGGUCAGAAACACAAGUAGAAAAAGUUAGGUAUCUUUGAAUAGAUGCCCUGAUAACAGCAGGAUGAGUAGAUAUUAGGAUGCUGCCUGGAUUGGAGGAAAGGUGCUAUAAGGAGAGGUCAGACAAACCAGGGUUGUUUUCUCUGGAGCGUCAGAGGCUGAGGGGAGACCUGAUAGAAGUUUAUAAAAUUAUGAGCGGCAUAGGUAGAGUAGACAGCCGGUACAUUUGUCCCAGGGUCAAAAUGUCUAAUACUAGAUGGCAACCCCUCCAUGGACUCUGUCUACACUUCUCGCUGCCUCAGUAAAGCAGCCAACAUAAUCAGAGACCCCACCCCACCCCAGAUAUUCUCUCUUCUUCCCCCCU